UGAGGCUACCUUGAGAGGUUCCCGCCAAUUCUUGCUGUAAUUCUGCUGGGCCUGAGUACCAAGUUCCAUGGAGCCGUUUGACCCCGCCGAACUACCAGAGCUGCUUAAGCUUUAUUACCGGAGACUUUUCCCAUACUCUCAGUACUAUCGCUGGCUCAACUACGGCGGAGUGAUAAAGAAUUACUUUCAACACCGUGAAUUUUCAUUUACGUUAAAAGAUGAUAUUUACAUUCGCUAUCAGUCCUUCAACAACCAGAGUGAUCUGGAAAAGGAGAUGCAGAAAAUGAAUCCGUACAAGAUCGAUAUAGGCGCAGUAUAUUCCCACAGACCCAGUCAACAUAAUACAGUGAAGCUGGGAGCUUUCCAGGCUCAGGAAAAAGAACUGGUGUUCGACAUUGACAUGACAGACUAUGAUGAUGUGAGGAGCUGUUGUAGUUCUGCAGACAUAUGUUCUAAGUGCUGGACCCUCAUGACGAUGGCCAUCCGCAUCAUCGACCGGGCAUUGAAGGAGGACUUUGGAUUUAAGCACCGCCUUUGGGUAUAUUCCGGAAGAAGAGGUGUUCAUUGUUGGGUCUGUGAUGAAUCAGUAAGAAAAUUGUCCUCUGCAGUACGGUCUGGGAUAGUUGAGUAUUUGAGUCUUGUAAAGGGUGGUCAAGACGUUAAAAAGAAAGUUCACCUAAGUGAAAAUAUUCACCCUUUUGUCAGAAAAUCUAUUAACAUAAUAAAUAAAUACUUUGAAGAAUAUGCCUUGGUUGAGCAAGAUAUUCUUGGAAAUAAAGAAAGCUGCGAUAAGAUUUUAGCUCUUGUUCCUGAGACAAUUCGUGAUGACCUGCAAAAAAUCUUCCAAAAGCAUCACAGUUCACUUCAGCGUUGGAAGCAUUUGAAGGAGUAUUUGAAGAAUGACAUCAAAAAUGACAGAUGUGGACUCUGGCUUGAUUGGGAGAUCAUGCUCCAGUACUGUUUUCCACGGCUAGAUAUCAAUGUUAGCAAAGGAAUCAAUCAUUUGCUGAAGAGCCCUUUUAGUGUUCAUCCUAAAACAGGUCGAAUUUCAGUGCCUAUUGAUUUACAGAAAGUGGAUCAGUUUGAUCCUUUUACUGUUCCGACCGUAAGCUCCAUCUGCCAUGAAUUAGAUGUCAUUCCCACUAAUGAAGAGGAAAAAGAGGAGAACAAACCUGAAUCCAAUAUCAAACAUAGAACCAGAGAUUAUAAGAAGACCAGUCUAGGUCCUUACAUAAAAGUUUUUGAACAGUUUCUUGAAAACCUGGAUAAAUCCCGAAAAGGAGAACUUCUCAAGAAGAGUGAUUUACAGAAAGACUUCUGAAGAUAACAACUGCCCUCCAACCAAUAUGGAUAACUUCUGCUUUCAACCAAGAAGCAAAUACUUCAAGAGCCAUAAAUAUGGCAGAACCAUGUAUACAUUUAAUGCUCAAAGCAAAAUUUUCUUUUCUUGAGAAAUAAUUAUGUUGAAAAGAUUCCUGAGACCACCGAAGGACAGUGUCCAAGUUCCUGGAAGGAGCAAUAAUGGGAGGAAUAAAUGCAGAUAAUUGUAACUUUUAAUAUUAUACAAAGAUAAUUGAUAAUUCUAAGAUUUCUGAUGUAAAUACUUCCAUCGGUUUCCAUAUGUAGAUGUAACUAAGCAGUAGUGUGCCCAAUACUUUAAUCUCAGCUCACUGGGUACAGCCUCCAUAUUUCUGGAGUGAAUAUUCUAGGUGAAUGAGGGCUUUGUCCUUGUCUUAGACAUUUAGGUUUAUACCUUUAGUGUGUAUGCAGUCACUUCAUUGCUUACUGAUAUUUUUAUAGGUCAGGCCAACACCCCACUGCCCAUCUUUUACAAAUCACUAUCUAAACCUACCAAAACUUUAAUUUAAAAUAUGUGAGUUACUAAAUUAUAAUAUGACCUAGUAGAGCAUUGUUUACAACUGCAAUUGCAGCUCCUUCUUCCCUUAGAGAACCACUGGAACCAUUAGAUUGGUCUACAUUGUAAAGAAGCAGCUUAGAAAAAAUAACCAGCUUCAUCAACAUAAAACUUAUACUUGUCAAAACACUUCGACUUUCUAUAUAUCCAGAUACUUAAAUUGUAAAGUUUUCAUUUCUCCUGCAUUUGAUUUUGUGAUAGAUAUAAAAGUGCCAUCUUUCUUUUGUCUAGUUUUACAGCCAGUCUAAACAAAACAGCUAUUCUGGUUUGCAUUUUGUCUUCUGAGAAGCAAGCUAUCCAUCUGAUACUUUCCAUGGUUUAUGAAAAUUUUUCCUUCUUUUGUGUUUCCUUAGAUAUUGUUUUCUCUAUAGUCACAAUCUUUUUUUAAAUCUUUUGGUUUAUAUAAAACAAUAUAAUGUAGUCACACUGAAAUGCCUUGCAUUUCUUUGUUUUCUAAUUUUUUAAGAAUAUUAAAGACAAUUGCACAAAAUUCCUCAUUUGAACUUCUGUAUACUAUGUAUUAGUCUUCAGUUCGGGGAAACAGUGGGUCAAUUUGAAAUUUCUAAAUACAAAAUUACUAAAAGACUCAUUGGUCCACCUUAGGAACUCAGAAUGAGUGGAAAGACUGGUGUUACGCUUCCAAUGAGAUCUUUUAAGCUUCCAAUAUGCCUAGCAUUGAAGCAUUUCAAUGCUUUAAUAUUAAAUCCCUGAGAUAAAAGCUGGUAUACUAGCCCAUAAAAUUAAUUAUAGAGCCUAUUGUGCUCCUGGAAAAUAGUAAAUGUUUCAUUUCUGAAGAUAUCGGGGGAAAAUGCUGAAAGACGAUUUGAUUUCCCUACUGUCUGUGUUGCCGACUCUUCCAUAUAUAUACGAAUUGUAGGAACAAAGGGCACAACUGGUCUCCAUCUCCAAACUUGCCCGAUAUACAAAUAUACCCAAAGAAAGAAAAUACAAUCUUCCUUAGCCAGUCAUUAACAACAAAGUUUGAAAAGUCAAUGAGCUUGCUGGGAAAGAGAAUGGUCAAAAUGCAAGUAGUUUUGUCUAAGGAGAUGAUUGGCAAUUGCUGGCCUUUUCUGAAGGUAAAUGGACUGCAUUGACAAAUCCAGAUCACUUUAUUAGAAAUUCCGUCUACAGUUUUAACAAGAAACACUUUUUAAGUAAUGUGCAUAUUUUAACUUAAUCUUCCUAACAAUCCUAUUUAAGUAGCUACCAUCAUCGUUUCUCAGGCACAAAUUGAUUAAUUAAAUGGCCUAAAAUCACUAUUAGGUAAUUAAGCUGUGAUUCAAAGUAAAGUAGUUUGGCUUCAAAGUUCGUUUUCCUAACCACAGUAUUGCUUCUAUCUGACCAGAAUUUCAAAACUUAUCAUUCCUGGUAAACUCCACUACCUCAUUUAAUCCUAAUUCACUAAUUCUAAUCCUCACUUCAUUAUGGUACAGAUUUUGAAAAUUUUAAAGUAGCUUUCAGAGCAUUUUAAAUGCUCAAUGCAGUCACAAUUGUCCUAAAACCAUAGCUUAAGUGUUAACUUAAGUAACAUACUUGUUGAGUCCUUUUGUAGGGCUGACAGUAUGGGUAUGGGAGUCAAGGCCUUUUCAUAAAACACUCAUUUUGCAUUCUGCUUUUCAAAUACUACUGUAUGGAUACUUAACGUGGGAUGUUGGACCCAAAUAGAUAAGUUUCAGGAUAUCUAGUAAGUGCCUAAAAUAUUAGGAAAAAAAAUUGUAUAAGUAAGUUUUUUUUCUGUAGAGAUACCUUCAACAUCAAUCUAAACUGUGUAUUGCAAAAAUAAAAAAGUUAACUUGUAGGUCACCGCUACUUACAAUGGCGUGAA